AUGACAACUCUAAGUCCAGAGGAGCAUGAACGACUUCAGGCUGAGAAUGCGAAAAAAAUAGAGGCAAUUAAGCUGACAAUGGCUGAGCCAUCGACAUCGAAAGGAAAACGAGCAGCAGUAUUUUUGGAUCCAGCAGCACCACCCAAAAAGAGGGGACGUCCUAAAGGGGUAAGGAAUAUUUCUUUUCCUGAAGUGCAUUAUGAUUGCUCAAUGAGCUCAAUAAUUCACACUCAGUCAUUUAAUUGAAA